AUGCCAACUCUCACUGUAAAGGGUGACUUGCCUACCAACCAAAAGUAUGUAAAGAAAGGAGGGAACGCACCGAAGGACGAAGACAAAUACGGCCGGCUCUUCGAUAGAAUCAUGGACCUCUUGGAUAGGGAUGUGGCCGAGAGUGCUCGGACAAGCAGCUAUCUGCAACAAUGUAUGCGUGCCGACAUUGGGGCCACACAGAAGUCAGCCGCUGCAUUGCCCUGGCCUGGUUCACAUUCGCUGGUUGUCCCAGGUGCAUUUGGCGAAUGCGCAGUUAAUGCACCAAGCAACGUCCGUGGACGGCUUGACGGUAGGCAUUCUGGGUGA